GUGGAGGAAAGGGAAACUCCCUCGAGUUCCUCGCCGGUGGCUAUAAGAUGAGGGAGCCCCCGAGAGAGCGGCUCCCUUUAGCCGUUGCCAUGGCCUUUCCUCCGGCCUCUCAGCAAGCGGGAGAAGCGGGCGGAGGUGAGGAAGAAGCGGAAAGUUCUGCUCCCUGAGCUCACCAACCUUGUGCUUCGCGCCCGCGGGAGUUUUGAAGCGGGGCUAGUAGUAGUAGCAGCAGCAGCGUCAUGCUGGAACAAGGAGUGGCGUCGGCGGCAGAGGCGCUUCCUUCCCCUCAGCCCCGGCUCAAGCCCGCCCCAAUCCGUGCCUUCGCCUUCUAGCCCCGCGGGCAUUGCCUCUGCCGCCUCGUGAGUCACUGGAGGUUCCUUGGCGAAAGCGCUUCGUUUCUUUCUGGCGCUUCGCAGGUCGGCGGCGGAGAAUGCGAGCGAGCGCCGCGGCGCCUUUUUUCCCGCGCGCCAUCCCGGAGCCAAGAUGGGUUCUUACUUUGUGAAUGCAACAUUUCAUUCCAAAAUAACCGAAGCAGCUGAUAUUAUUGUUGGAAUCUUCUAUAUUAUAUUUGGCAUAUGCUCCUUUUGUGGAAACAGUAUCCUCCUCUAUGUUUCCUAUAAGAAAAAGAACAUAUUGAAACCAGCAGAGUACUUCAUGAUCAAUUUGGCUAUCAGUGACCUUGGUAUGACUCUGACCUUGUACCCUCUAGCUGUUACAUCCAGCCUUUCACACAGGUGGUUAUUUGGCCAGCAGGUUUGCUUGUUCUAUGCAUUUUGUGGAGUACUUUUUGGAAUCUGCAGUCUGUCUACACUAACAUUACUGAGUACUGUGUGCUGCCUAAAAAUUUGUUUCCCAACUUAUGGGAAUAGAUUUAGGAGAGAACAUGGUUGGAUCUUGAUAGGAUGCAGUUGGGUCUAUGCAGCCAUUUUUGCCCUUUCCCCACUGGCUCACUGGGGAGAAUAUGGAGCCGAACCUUAUGGUACAGCAUGUUGCAUUGACUGGUAUUCAUCAAAUAUAAACACAACAGCAAUGUCUUACACAACUGUCCUUUUUGUCUUCUGUUUCAUUAUCCCCUGUGGAGUAAUUAUUACCUCCUAUACUCUUAUUCUGAUUACGGUGAAAGACUCCAGAAAAGCAGUGGAGCAGCAUGUCCUGGGACCCACCAGGAUGAGCAAUGUGCAGGCUGUUACAGCCAAGCUGAGCAUUGCUGUAUGCAUUGGAUUUUUUGCUGCCUGGAGCCCAUAUGCCAUCAUUGCCAUGUGGGCAGCCUUUGGGUCAAUAGAGAGGAUUCCUCCACUAGCCUUUGCUGUACCUGCUGUUUUUGCUAAGUCUUCAACACUCUAUAACCCAGUUAUGUAUCUUAUGCUAAAGCCUAAUUUCCGAAGCACUAUUGCCAAAGAUUUUGCUGUUCUCCAACAAUUAUGCAUCAAAACUUGUUUUUGUCUCAAGCAUGUACAGAGCUGCUCUUAUAGAUCAGUUCUGGAAGUCCACUCGAAAUCAUUUAAGGGAAGACAUGAAUCCAGCAGUAACUCCAUGCAGAUGGUAGAAGGAUGUUCUUAUUUUCCCUGUGAAAAGUGCAACGAUACCUUUGAAUGCUUCAAGAACUACCCAAAGUGCUGCCAGGACAGGCUAGGCACCAUGGAACACUCGCUUCAAGAAAACAUACCCUUGGAAAAUAAAAUUCAAUCGAACGCAAAGCAUGCUUCUGAAAAAUAUGUAAAGGUUGUUGUCCCAGGAGAAAAAAGCAGUGAGAUUGAUAGUUUGGAAGUAACACUAGAAAACAUACCUAUGGAUACUAGGUUUGUCAACCUCUAGAGUAUGUUUAAUCAAAUGCUCCAAGUAAUAAUUUAAUUGCACCAGGCUUAACGAAUGUAAAACUUUUCUAAGCACUACCCUAUUUUUAUACAGUUAUUUUUUUUCCCUUAUUACCCAUGGGAGGACGAAGUAAUGCAGCAUAAAUAUGUUUAAAAGUGUUUUUGACUUUCAUCAUGUCCACAACCAUGCCUAUGUGCAUUCAGAACAAAUUGUGUACUACUGUUUCAUUCGCUUCUGAUUUUUUGAGUUUCAGAACUUACGUCCUUUGCUUCACAGAAGCAAACCACUUCAUACUUGUGAGGCUUUUCUCCAAAGCAUUAAUCCUUCAGAUGCUUGGUAAAUACAUUUUAUAUGCUGCAUAUUCAGCAAAAAGCUUGGUCUAGGUUGGAUUUUCUGAGAGCCCUUUCAGAGAAGGUAAUGUCCAUUGAACUGUUAAUAGUUCUACAAGGCAUAUGGUACCCCCCUCCUCCCCCCCUCCGAGGCUAUGAACAGCUUUUUCCAAUUUCAGCUUAGGCUACUGUUCACAUCUCCUUUCUCAUGCAGUUUUCUUUCUAGGAGAGGGAGUGGGAAAUUUUCCUUUCUCUGGUACAUUCCUGUGUUGCUCUUGGAGCACUUACAGUCAGUUCCACUCAUGCAUAAGUGCCCCAGCCUGGCCUUCCAAGAUCAAACUUGUGAGGGGCCAGAUGUUUCCUGUAUUUCUGAACUUACAGCAUGAGAAGAAUUAUAAGGCUAUCAUUACUUCUCUCAGCGAGGCAUCUACUUCUCCCACAACAAAACUCAGAAGCUGAGCCACUUGGGACAAGGUGCGGAAGAUACCGUGUUAGCUGCCCCUGGGCUGUAGUCAGGGAAGGAGCUUAUCCACACACAAGAGGAUCACCUUAUACUCUGCCCACCCUGGAACUGGCACCCUGCUCUUAAAAACAUUUCCUGUUACCAUACUUAAUUGAAGCAGGUAAUUCGUGUCACUGAGUUGUCAGUGCCUGACCUGAAGAGAGAUAGUGCCUGCCCCUCUAAUAGCAAGACAUGAUUUGGGAAAGGUGGCUCUUGCCACAGGCCUGUUACUCUUUUAACCAUCUGUCCCUCUCCCUCAUAGCCGUUUUGCUUUGCAAAAGCUGGAGAAGGGGGUGGGAUGAGAGAUUUAUAUAUAAUAGUGACACAUUCAGACUCUUCAUCUAGGCAAAAAGCAAUAUAAUCAAGCGUAGAUGUAUAGGAUGGGGGAUACCUGACUUGACAUUUGAAAAGGACCCCAGGAUUGGAUCUCAGGAUUAUAAACUAUUAGCUGCUGAACAUGAGUUGAUAAGGUGACGCGGCUUCAAACAAGGCUAAUAUUCUGCACUAAUUAUACCUCAUCUGGAGUACUUUGUUCAGUUUUGAGUGCUGUGACACAAGAAGGUUGUGGAUGAAUCGGAAACGGUUCAGAGAGGAAGAAUGGGUGGUUAGAGAUGUAGAAAACAAGUUCUCUCAGAAAAGGUUGAAGAAACUGGGUAUCUUUAGCAGGAACAAGAGAAGACUGAGGGGAACAUCAAAGAUUCAAAGGACUGAUACAUAAUACUUGUUCUCUGGUGCCCUGGAAGGCAGGACUUAAGUUUAUUUUAAUGUUCAGCUGAAAACUGUCCUUAACAGUAGGAGCAGUUUGACCAUGGAAUCAGUUACUUGCAGGGGUGAUGGGCUCUUCCUUGUCAGAAGCCUUGAAGGAAAAACUGAAGGUGCUCUAGGUUUGGAUUUUCUCCUCACAAGGCCUCUUUGGUUUUAAGAUUCUAUUUGGUAGCCAUUCAGAAUCACCCAAGCAAAUUGAUACUGUCCACAAUUUAAAAAUUCGUUUAAUAUACUUUGUAAAAGAAGUGAAUUUGAUUUGUGGGAAUUGUAGCUCUGGGAGGUAAUGGGACAUCUCCCAACAACUCUCAGCACCUUUAACAAACUACAACUCUCAGAAUUCUUUGGGGGAAACACAUGACAGUUUAAAUUGGCAUCACAGUGCUUCAAAUGCAUAGUGUGAAUGUGGCCUAGAGCUGAUGAAUAUGGAAAAAUAAUAUCAAUAAAUAUUGAUAUUACUAUAUUACAUAUAGUAAUAUGACUACGUGCUUUGAGGCUCCUUCUCUCUCCAGUACUGCACUAAAAUGAAGACUAUGGUUUGGAUCCCAAUUUUUGUUCCCAUUAACAGAACAGAAUUAUUAUUGGGGGGUGGGGUGGCUCCCCUGCCUGCUGAAGAUUCCUGUGUGCCCUCCCCAAAUCUCUUCCUGAGAGUUGAAGGGCUCUAUGCAAUAGAAUGACACGGGGCGUGAUUGGAAGGGGCAUGGAAAAUCAGCAACCUCCAUCCAUUAGCAAGUGUUUUCCAUUUGGGUACCACUACCCAGUGGUGCCAACUUGAAUAAAAUAUUGGGGGUGAGGGACAGGUAAGCCCUGUCCCACACAAUCAGUCACAUGACACAGUACCCACCCACCAUUUGAAUGGCAAUGCCCACUAACUUUGGGAGGGCCUGGCUUUCUCAAAUAUUUUAUGGGGAGGCGCGAAGGGAACCUAGACCCUAGGAGCUGGCUCCUAUGGCAGAACUAUUUGGAUCUUGAGCACCCAUAAAUUUCACAACAUAACACAACAAAGGGAAAAGUACUAUAACUAAAGGGGUCACAUGUAUGUCUAGCGGCCCAAAACUACUGAUCAAGCAGCCAGUGUUGUCCUGUUUUUCCAUGUUUAUAAUCUAAUAGAAAAACUAUGGGCCAAUAUAUUCUUUUGUCCAUUUAAGCAACCACAGGACAGCAACUCAGCUGUGUAGCUGAGUGGAAGGAACUUUAAAGUAUUAUUAGCCAUGUGCCAAAACACUUUUUUUCCUUGCUGUGGAGCUAACAGAACCAGAGAGAGCACUUUAGAUGGGGAAAAUCUAUUGUGAGGAGAAGGGUUAAACCUUCUACCGGUGUUACUGCUCUAAUGAUAUUUGGGAAAGACCCACUCAUGGAUCUCCUGCAUUUUGUGUAAUUUAACCUUAAUAAUAUUAGGUAUUCCCACGGGCUUUAACAUUCCUGAUGUAACGUAUAUACAGCCAAUUGUGGUAUUAUGCUUUACUUCAGAUGGAAGGAGAAGAGGAAUUUUAAAACAGGAAGAUAUUUGAGGCCUCAGAAAUGUGAUAUUAGGAAGGCAGGGAGCUUUUAACCAAAGUGUUUAAAUUAAUUUGCAGAUCAAAUGGGAUUUCAGCAGAAGACUUCCAAGUCACAACCAUGAAAAUGCUUUUUUGUACUGAGCUCUGUGACUUAAUUAUGUGUCUUUGUUCUUAAAACAAUCACUACCAUAUAUGCAGUAGCCACUGCAAAACUCUGGAACAAGAUAUUCACUAAUCUGCUUGCAUUUGCAUACUAGAUGGUUUUUAAGGGACAUGGGUGGCGCUGUGGUCUAAACCACUCAGCCUCUUGGGCUUGCUGAUCGGAGGGUCAGCAGUUCAAAUCCAUGUGACGGGGUGAGCUCCUGUUGCUCUGUCCCAGCUCCUGCCAACCUAGCAGUUUGAAAGCACAUCAGUGCAAGUAGAUAAAUAGGUACUGCUGUGGCAGGAAGGUAAACAGCAUUUCCAUUGUGCCAGAAGUGGUUUAGCCAUGCUGGCCACAUGACCCGGAAAGCUAUCUGUGGACAAAUGCCAGCUCCCUUGGCCUGAAGCGAGAUGAGCGCAGCACCCCAUAGAUGGACUUAAGCAUCCAGGGGUCAUUUACCUUACUAGAUGGUUUGUUACAUUAUAAAAUUAUAAAGUUAAACUCUUGUUUUCUAAUGGGUAAAUCAGCUUGAUUUAAUACAAAACUCGUUCUGUAAUGCUGCAGAUUUCUCCCUGUUUUCAAAUAACUCUCUGCAGAUUCCAUUUGCUUGUGUUUUUAAUUAGCUGCUGCAAUUGCCUGUUUUGUCAAAGUUGAUAUAAAUUUUAUAUUAUAAAGCAAAAAAGAAAAGAAAAAUAAAUCCAAGUUUAUCAAGCAAACUCUGGAAAUGUGUUGUUACUGGCUAACUCAAUCUCUGCUGAGCAGUAGUGAGAUUCCAGGGGUCUUGGCAGUGAAUCAGGGACGGGUGGUGCUGUGGUCUAAACCACUGAGCCUCUUGGGCUUGCCGAUCAGAAGGUUGGCGGUUCGAAUCCCCGCGACGGGGUGAGCUCCCGUUGCUCGGUCCCUGCUCCUGCCAACCUAGCAGUUAGAAAGCACGUCAAAGUGCAAGUAGAUAAAUAGGUACUGCUCCGGCGGGAAGGUAAACGACAUUUCUGUGCGCUGCUCUGGUUCCAGUGUUCGUUGUGCCAGAAGCGGCUUAGUCAUGCUGGCAACAUGACCUGGAAAACUGCGGACAAACGCCAGCUCCCUCGGCCUGUAAAGCGAGAUGAGCACUGCAACCCGUCGUCUGCA